CAACGGCUAGUUUUUUGUCGACGUUGUUUCUUGUGAAGACGACUUUUCUGUCCAGAAUUUCGGAUUUAUAUUUUGAGUAAUUCUAGUUCCUAAGUUCACCUAGACUCCGUCCUUAAUUCUAACAAGUGGUAUCAGAGCGAUAUUAAGGACAUUGAGAGGAGUCUACAGAAGUGUGAAGACCCUUCUAGACCCACCAUGGCCUGUGGGUGUGCCUAAGUGGUGUUCUAAAUGUUGGAUGUGUCUUCUGCUAAGGGGAAACUCUGCCGAAAUUUCGUGGACGCCGAUACUUGUGAAAAUAUCGAGGGAGCUGAGUGUGGACAGCAAAGGGGAGCUGAAAUUCGUCAUUUCUCAAGGAGAAGAUGAAUGAAAGAGGAGGAGAUGCUAAUGGAAGAGGAGCUGUAGCUGAGAAGGCAAGUGAGCCGCCGCCAUCAAAAGUUGAAGCUUUGGAUGGCUCCAACUAUGAGGAAUGGAGCGGACGGAUGAGGAGUGCCUUCAAACGCUACAAGCUACUGAAGAUUGCUGUUGGGGAAGAGAAGAUGCCGGAAGAAGGCGAAGCACGUGAACGGGGACGAUGUGAAGCCGGUCCUUGACAAGAUCAAGGACACCUAUGCAAGGAUGGCAGCAGCGGGCAGCAGUGUAUCUCAGC